AUGUCUAAGCAAGUAGGCAAGAAGCAGAUAACGUCGGGACUGAUGUUGAUGCGGAGCGGGGAAAGCAGUGGUAGUGACAAUAUUCCUACACUACCUGUACGCGAUGGCAAUAGACAUCGAUAUGAUCAGUCUCGAUCUAAAAAGAGAGGUACAUCAAACCGAGCGAAAGCUGUUUUAGCCAAAGCUUCUAACCCGAUGGCAACAAAUGAUAGUAACAGUGAUAUAACGAUACAGUCUGGCAUUGACGGCGAGAACAUAAACAUGCCUGAUAUUCUUAGCUCUAUCGAUGAUGAUGAACAUGCUUUCGACGCCCAAGUUGAUAGUGUCACAUUUGAGAUUAAGCGAAAGAAGAAAUUGGGUCUGGAUGAAGAUUCUGAGCUCGAUAUUGUCAGCGACAGUAGCGAUGACGAUGCUGACAAACCUACACCAGUAGAGAAGCAGCGUAAUAGUAAGCGUGCUGCCCAAUAUGAACACAUCGUGAAUACUAUCAAUAAGAAAUUAAAGUUUGGGCACGACUUAGUGGCAUCAGCUUCCGCAGCGCCUCGGCCAGGGCCGCCCGACGGAAUGGCAUAUUGUGCGACUGGAAAUCAAUGCAUAGUAGUAGGAAGACUGGUUAAACCCGGCAAUCAUGAGUGUGUUGGUUGUAAGAUGCCGAUUCAUGCCAUCUGUGGCAAAACUUCUACUCAGGGGUACGGCGGUCAAGGUUUUUGCCUCGGUCCUGCUUCUGCCUGCAAAGGUGAGACUGGAACACAGCAGUCAGAAGCUAUCGACUUGGACAUGGUGAUUGAAGUAUCAGACGAUGAAAAAGAAGAGGAAGACCGGGCGAAGACAGCAAUAGCAGCAGCUAGAGCUGUCAAACGAGCAGCAGUCAACCCAUUCGCAAUAUCUAAGGUGUCUGGUCGAGGAAUUUUGAAUGUUAGUAGUAUAGAUAAUGUACCGAAAUUCCCACCGAAGGAUAAAAAGACUGUGUUGCCUAAACACGUAAAUGGCAACAACAGCAGUGGCUAUUUCUCAGAGCUGUCACCCUAUGUCAGCUCAGAUUCUUCUGACAGCUCAGGUGUUCAAAUCCCCAGGGACAUCAUGAUGGAAAGGCUUGCUUCUGGCGAGUACAUAAUCAGUACGAUGGCGAACUACAGAUCUGAAGCCUGGAAAUUCUUUGGAUACGUCGUCGAUAACAACGAAGGGCUGGUCCAUACAAAGAAAGAGGCUGUAAGUGUAGCGGACAAAACCCAGAUACGGAACUCCAUCGUUGAACUUCUGCCUACUCGCAAGUGGUCCAUGCUUGCGAUGGCUUCUCCCGAUUUCCCUAUCUUUCUGGAUCAGUACUAUCGAGUGCGCAAGAAGUAUUCAGACGCUACAAAUGCAGGCCACCUCAUUCCCUCUCGGAAGACAAUGUCCCUUGACACGGAGCGCGUAGUGAUGGAAGUCUAUACAAAGGAGAUUGGCAAGCUUCAAGAGCAGAGCAAGUAUAUGGGUACGUACGUGCAGCAAGAGCUCGAAGAGUUGUUACAACGUCAUUCUUUAGAUGAUAAACAAAUCGUUUGGCAAGCAGAUAGAGGCCCGAAUAUUACAGCAGCCUUACAUCAGUACGAUUUUACUCCAUUGGAUAAUGAAGAAAUGGACACUGAGCUUAUGCGGCUCAGUUGCCGUGACCACUGCUUACAUAAUAUUCACAAGCCCGUGUUCACAAAAAUGGCUAGGGAUAAUAAUCUUGGUAUGCCGGAAAUUCCUUAUAUUGCGAUGGAGUACAUCAAUACUUGUAAAAAAUUGGUGCCGUUCAUCAAGCAGAGUACCAAGUAUGCAGACGCACUUUCUUCCAGACUCUGUCAAGAAGUUGAAACGCGCUGGAUGACCGUCCGAAAGCUCUUGGUAUCCGUUGACAAAGUAUUCUACGAGCUCAAAGAACUGGCUGGCCAUUCCGAAGAAAUUGAUGAGAUGGUAGCCGUCCUCGACAAGAAGGUGGGUGAAUCCAUUAUUGACUUUUUAGAGGGUCUUGACAUGGUACUUCUUCAAUUGGAGGCUACCCUAGAACCUACAUUGCAUAAGGUGAUCUCGCUAUUCGAAAUGUUGCGGAUACAUCACACUGAGGUCACCGAGAACGAUCCGCAAUUUAUUGUUGUGUUGAAAACUAGAUUACGUGUGCUGUUAGAUCAUCGAGUGUCUUUCUAUCAUCCUUUAGAGUUGGUUGCCGUGGUGCUGAAUUCUCAGACCAAGAAUAUGAGUUCUCACCUUUUAGCUAACUAUCAGACAGAAGCAAUGAAAUGGUUCAAUUAUGUAUUAGAGAAUAUGUCAGAGAUAGUAAAAGGCACAGAUGCUAGUGUAAUUAAUCUCUGUCCAAAUGGUCGUACUUCAAAUUCACGCGCACGAGCUAAUAAGACUUCAACGGAUAUGUUCUCUAUUCUCUAUGGACGAUGGAGGGCCUGA